UAAUUGGCAUUCGUCAACAAUGUGCCGUGAACGCAUCUCGAGUUGUACCUGCAGUUACUAUAGAAACACAGCAUAGCCUGCGAUAGAUAAUGUUUGUUAAAACCGACAGACCACCGUAUUGGGUUAUAUAGAGUUAGUUAGCUUCUUAAAAUGGACCGGUAUGCUUUUCUCACUGAAUGGUAUGAUCCCACAGCAGCCCUGCUCCGGCGCUACCAACUGUUCUACUACCCCAAAGAUGGUUCUGUAGAAAUGUUUGACGUAAAGAACCAAAGGAUAUUUCUGAGAAGGACCAAAUAUGAUGACAUCCAUCUGGAGGACUUGUUUGUGGGGAACCGAGUAAAUGUGUUCUCACGGCAGCUAAAUCUGAUAGAUUACGGAGAUCAGUACACAGCAACCCAACUCGGCAGUAAGAAAGAAAGAACUCUCGCUCUGAUAAAGCCAGAUGUGCUUACCAAGAUAGGCGAUAUCAUUGAACUGAUUUACUCCUCCAACCUGAUUGUGACCAAAGCAAAAAUGACCAAUCUUACAUGGAACCAAGCGGCAGACUUUUAUGUGGAACAUCAGUCAAAGGCUUUCUUCAACAACCUGGUGCAGUUUGUGUCCUCUGGCCCCGUGGUUGCCUUGGAGCUGAUGGGUGACGAGGCCAUAUCCAUCUGGAAGAGGCUCCUAGGACCAGCAGAUUCUGCUUUGGCACGAAAGGAAGCACCGCAAAGCGUUCGAGCCCAGUUCGGAACGGAUGCCGUCAAAAACGUUUGCCACGGCUCCGAGUCAUUUGCUGCUGUGGCAAGAGAGCUUGAAUUCUUUUUUCCUUCAACGAUCGGCCAUGGUCCCUCCAACACAGCCAUCUACACAGACUGCACGUGUUGCAUCAUCAAGCCUCAUGCCAUAUCAGAAGGUCUAACUGGGAAGAUCCUGAACUCCAUAUCUGAAGCUGGAUUUAAAAUCUCUGCUCUCGAAAUGUUUAACGUGGACGCGGCAAACGCAGAAGAAUUCUAUGAGGUUUACAAAGGCGUCGUCACAGAGUAUCCUAGUAUGGUGACCGAGCUGUGCUCCGGACCCUGCAUGGUCUUAGAGAUUCAUGGCACAGAUGUAUCAAAGUCUUUCAGGGAAUUCUGUGGACCUUCGGAUCCUGAAAUUGCACGGCAUCUCCGACCCAACACGCUGCGCGCCCUUUAUGGCAAAGACAAAGUGAAAAACGCGGUGCACUGCACAGACCUCCCUGAGGAUGGAGGUCUGGAGGUGCAAUAUUUCUUCAAGAUUUUGGAUGGAUGAAAGCAAAGGACGAGACACACUUCAAACACUCAAGGACUUCACUGUUGUCUCAUUUUUCUGUUUAUUGUUUCAGCCUUGUCCAGAUUAAAUAAAGUGACAAGAUCAGA